AUGUUGGCCAAGGCGAACAAGACCUACAUGGCCAGCGCGCCGCCUCCUCCCAAGAACGACUUGGCCAAGCAACUUUUUCCCUCGAGCAGCCCUAGCGCUACCCAGAAUGGGAACAUCAAAGACCAAUUCAAGAUGACGAGCCAGUCGGUCUCAAGUGGCCCCAUAUCGGCGAGGAGCGCGUCAAACAUACCCUCUAACUCGACAAGGCCUCCAACUGGCAGGAAUACCAGUGUCACACACUUUUUAAACAGCAACCGAUCUGCCCUAGACCGAGUUUCCGCUCCCAACGGCAGAUCUCUUGCUUCUCUGUAUUCUAAAUCCGACUCUUUUCGAGACGAGCCUGAUUCCAGCCUGCCUAGCCAAAACCAGACAACCAACGGAAAACCUGCCGUUUACUUUGCCGAGGAUGACUUUAGCGACGACGACCAAAUAGACCUCGACUAUGAAGCACCGUCGGCUCUGCCUGUGCUUCCCAAGCCCCCAGCCACGGCAAACAAGGCACCCGAGCCGCCGAAUGAAGUACCUUCGACCCAGACUCUACCCUGGUCCUCAUCUCCCGCCUCCCACUUCGUUCACCCCCUGUCUCGCACGACCUCUGCCGGAAGUUCACUCAAGCGCGACUCUUCAGAAAAUGCACAGCCUCUAGUGGCCCCGCAGCCCAAGAAGCGCAGGCUACCGACGAACUGGAAUUUCAAAGAAGAAGAACAGCCCCCAUUGCCGGAAGACGAGCCUGAAAUAUCUCGAUGGGCUGCCGGGAGCGUUACGCCUGCUGCAAAGAAGAAGGAGACUUGGAACAUGAGUGCUAGUACUCUCAAAGAUCAGAAAAAACAGUUGAAAACCAAGUCCAAAAAAACCACGACCAGCGAGGAAUGGAACAUGGACGAGAUUCGGCAAGAGGUUACACAGAGCAACCUGCCACGGCCCAAGGCAUCGGCGAUUGCCCUGACCAAAGAGCAAAAACACGUUCAGAGUCUUGUAGUCGACAUAGGCCAGAGCGUCUUCUUCACAGGCCCGGCAGGAACCGGAAAAUCAGUUCUGAUGCGGUCAAUCAUUGCCGAGCUGAAGAAGAAGUGGGCAAGAGACCCGGAGAGACUAGCAGUCACAGCAUCAACCGGUCUCGCAGCUUGUAACAUCGGAGGUCAGACGUUGCAUAGCUUUGCUGGAAUUGGCCUUGGGAAGGAAGAUGUUCCGACGUUGGUCAAGAAGAUCCGGCGGAACCCCAAGGCCAAGAACCGCUGGCUUCGGACCAAGACGCUCAUCAUUGAUGAGGUAUCCAUGGUCGACGGGGACCUCUUUGACAAACUCUCGCAAAUUGGCAGAACCAUCAGGAAUAACGGCAAAGCUUGGGGUGGUAUUCAGCUCGUGAUUACGGGCGACUUUUUCCAGCUACCUCCAGUACCCGACGGCGACAAGAGCAGGGAAUCCAAAUUCGCUUUUGAAGCGGCGACGUGGAACACGGCUAUUGAGCACACAAUUGGCUUAACGCAAGUGUUCCGACAAAGAGAUCCAGUCUUCGCCAAUAUGCUCAAUGAGAUGCGUCUUGGAAGAAUCAGUGAGGAGACGGUUGAGGCUUUCAGAAAACUGACCAGACCCAUCGUCAGUGAUGAUGGACUGGAAGUGACCGAGUUAUUCCCUACAAGGUACGAAGUCGACAACGCUAACCUGAGCCGCCUGCGCAAUCUGCCCGGGAAAACGUACCGUUUUGACGCUGCUGAUACUGGGGACCCUCAAAUCCGUGACAAACUGCUCCAGAAUAUGAUGGCACCAAAGUCCAUUGAUCUGAAGGUUGGCGCGCAGGUCAUGUUGAUCAAGAACAUGGAUGACACUCUUGUCAACGGUUCGCUCGGAAAGGUGACGCGGUUCAUGAGCGAGGCCAGUUUCGAGUCUUGGCAUAUGACGGAUUACGGGUCCGACGGUGACGUGGACAUGGAAGGGAGCCUCAAACGCAAGAUCAAGGCCUUCAGCAGAGAGGUCGAAGAGGCUACUAAAGGGACAACCGAAUUCCCCGUGGUAGAAUUCGCUGCAGCGGACGGGUCGACUCGUACCAUCUUGUGCGUUCCAGAGGAUUGGAAGAGUGAAACACCGACGGGCGAAGUGCAGGCUAGCCGAAGCCAGCUUCCCCUCAUCCUCGCAUGGGCAUUGUCGAUCCACAAGGCCCAAGGACAAACUUUGGAAAGAGUCAAGGUCGACCUUGGCAAGGUAUUCGAGAAAGGCCAGGCAUACGUGGCACUCAGUCGAGCUACCAGUCAACAGGGUCUGCAGGUACUUCGCUUCCAGAAGGAUAAGGUCAUGGCCCACCCCCGAGUUAUAGGGUUCUACAACAAACUCUAUAGCGCUGAGCAGGCUAUCUCGAAGAAACCUCCUAGCAUGGCCGACUUUCUGCACAUGGGAGAAGAUACGAAGCCUGCCAAGAGCACAUCUGCCGCCAAUGCGAGGUCUCAAUCCUUCGUCAGAAGAGGGGUCGAGGUCAUUGACCUGGACGAUGAAGAGGAGGCGAUGGCGAGCUAUGGAGGCUAUUGA